UGUGCUUCCCCCCAGCGGACAAUCUCCGCGUCGAAGAAGAGCGUUCGGCAGCCUUCGAAGAAAGGAACCGAGCUCGGGUCGCCGUCGGCCCCACGAAGAACGAGCCUAGGCGGCGAAAGAGCGCGCACAGAACCCGAGACGAUGGACGUGUUCCUGAUGGUGCGACGGAAAAAGACCACCGUCUUCCUGGACGCCAAGGAGACGACCUCGGUGCGCGAGCUGAAGAAGAUGAUCGCCGGGAUCACCAAGGUCGCGCCCGAGAACCAGGUGCUCUACAAAGACGACCAGUGCAUGGACGACAACAAGGUGCUCACCGAGUACGGGCUGAACAGCAGCACGGCCAAGGCCCAGGCGCCGGCCACCGUGGGGCUCGCCUUCCGAGACCCCGACACGGGAAAGUUCGAACCGCUCGAAGUGACGCCGCUCUCGAGCCCGCCCGAGCUGCCGGACGUCAUGAAACCGCCCGAGUCGCAGACCCACGAACAAACGGUGGCCUGAGAUACACACAGCUGCGUUCGUUACCGCCGCCACUUAUUUGCCCGAACAGCGCUCGCUGCUCACCCCGACGCCUAUCUUCUUUUUGUCUCUCCUCGACCACGGUUGAAGCUUUUCCUCGUUCCCUGGGCCACCUUCCGUGCCUCUUCGGGGACUCCGCUUUUGCCUUUGGUUCAGUGUGUGUUUCUCUCAGCGCCGGACUGUCAUCGAUUCGGAACAGAAAAUGGUGGGUCACUACUAACGAACUGCUGUGACGUGCGAGAUAAAAGUGUUUUAUUAUUAUUUUUUUAGUUUUCUUGUCAGCCUUCGAAGAAGCGAUUUGCCUGUUGUCCAACCUCGGCUGUCACGUGGUUGCUGUUGCUAGACCCCCCAACCCGCCUUGUCUCUCAACUGGACGCGCCGCGAAAGGACGGGGGAAAAGUUCGUUUUUUUUUAAGGCUUUUAUUUUUUUUCCCCCCUAGACCUAACCGUGACACUGCACGUUUUCUACCCACCAUGCCUCGUUUGCAGUUCAUUCUCUCGGGUUCAUCGCAGAACUUGCGUCAAGCGCGCGCCUCGGAAAAAUACAUUUUGUUUCACCAGUUGAGUGUGCUUAUGCCGAUGACUGCACAGUUCUUGUCGACGCACCUUCACACCGGAUAGCGGCACGCUCGUCUCGUUGUUGUUCGUAUUCGAGCUCUUUGCGACAGUUGCCCAGUUUGUUUUUUCUUUUGUUUUUGUUCUCACGAAGUCGGUGAAGCUGUCCGGUGUGUCACUAGUGCAGAAACACCUCCUCCCCCACCUGGGCUUGCGUGAAAUCUAAAUAUAAACCAUUCUUGGCACUGCUCGUGCUUGGCGAGACGAGGUGCAGCUUGUAGAUUUUUCGCUUCUCGAAACAUCCGUGUUUACGUAGAAUCUGCAAUAAUGACACACCAUUUCUCUUCUUUCACUUUGCAGCUUCUGCAGCGUGUUAGCAAACUUGCUUCAUUCUUACAGCAGUCGCUGGUUGUCUGUGUGGUACGAGGACCCCGCAGCAUAAGCCUCGACAGAGGCUUGCUUGGAAGAUGCAUUGUGAAACUGCGAUGCCGCAUCACUGUCGAGAUUGUGCUCUGUCCCGAUUCAAGCACAUUAUGACAGCGCCACGGGUCUCACUGGGCACUUGCUGAAAACCUCCCAUUCGUAACAAUGUCUAGCUUUUCACGUUAGCCUUAACGAUGCACUGUGCUGCACAAAUUAGUGGCAACCGCUUCGUGCAGAACAGUGCCGUGUGUGCAGUCGUCGUGACAGCUCCUGUGAAUUCCUUUCACUGAGGGCUCUGCUGGCCUUUAAGCACACCGGUGGAGAGGUAUUCUCAAUUGGUUGUUUGCAUAUGUAGCAACUACGCUGCUCAUCACGUUUAAUUUAUUUUAACAAAAAAAAAAAUUAGCUAGGAGCUUUUUGUAACACCGAGACAAUUGUGUGUGUGGAACGAAUGUGAAUACACGGUCGGGUGCAAUUUUCUUUGCUUUUAAAAGAAAUUUGUGGCCUACUAGGUGAGAUAUUGCUUUUGUUAUAUAUAAAAAAAAUAGUCAAGUAUUUAAUAGUGUCCAGGCACAUGCAUUGUUCCAAACGGUGAAAAAAAAAUUGUACUUAAGAAUUCACUGUGUAGCAGAUCCAUUUGGCGCAUUAAAGCAGUUUGUUUUAA